GCCUUGAUAUCGCUCACCAUCAGACAACGGGAGUCACCGGCGCUGAACACACUCAGUUUUUCUCACCCGACGCAAACGUUGAACCGCUGCCUUUUUCAGGAGGGUUGUGUCAGUGAACCGACAUGGUGGACCGAGUAGCUUUACUGCUGCUGGCUGUAGCGGCUUCGGCUCUGGCUGCCGAGGUGCCUACAGAUGUUUCGAUGGGUCUCUUGGCAGAGCCCCAGGUGGCCAUGUUUUGCGGUAAACUCAACAUGCACAUCAACGUGCAGAGCGGCAAGUGGGAGCCGGACCCCUCGGGCACCAAGAGUUGCAUCGGCACCAAGGAGGGCAUCCUGCAGUACUGCCAGGAGGUGUACCCAGAGCUCCAGAUUACCAACGUUGUGGAGGCCAACCAGCCAGUCAGCAUCCAGAACUGGUGCAAGAAGGGCCGCAAGCAGUGUCGCAGUCACCUGCACAUUGUGGUGCCCUACCGCUGCCUGGUAGGAGAGUUCGUGAGUGACGCCCUGCUCGUUCCUGACAAGUGCAAGUUCCUGCACCAAGAGCGCAUGGACCAGUGUGAGAGCCACCUGCACUGGCACACUGUAGCCAAGGAGUCCUGUGGCGACCGCACCAUGAACCUCCACGACUACGGGAUGCUGUUGCCGUGCGGCAUCGACCGUUUCCGCGGAGUGGAGUUUGUGUGCUGCCCCGCGGAGGCGGAGCGCGACGCCGACAGCGCCGAGCAGGACCCUGCUGAUUCGGAUGUCUGGUGGGGUGGAGCGGAGACUGACUACUCUGACAACAGUAUGGUGCGGGAGCCGGAGCCAACAGAGCAGCAAGAGGAAACCAGGCAGCCAUCUGUGGUAGAGGAGGACGCGGAAGAGGAGGAGGAGGUGGCUGACGAGGAAGACGAGGAAGAGGAGGAGGAAGCGGACGCGCUGGACAACGACCAGGACGGAGACGGCGAGGAGGACGAGGAGGUGGUGGAGGAAGACGAGGAGGAGGAGGAAGAGGAGGAGGAGGGAGACGACGACAUCGUCGACACGCUCGACGAUGACGCCGACGAGCCCACCACCAACGUCGCCAUGACAACCACCACCACCACCACCACCACCGAGUCUGUGGAAGAGGUUGUCAGGGAUGUGUGCUGGGCCAACGCAGAGACUGGUCCAUGCCGGGCCAUGCUGCCCCGCUGGUACUUUGACCACCAGGAGGGCCGCUGUGCUCAGUUUAUCUACGGCGGCUGCGGAGGCAACAGGAAUAACUUUGAGUCAGAGGAGUACUGCCUGUCUGUCUGCAGCAGCGUCAGUAAGUCCUGUAGGCAGCAACUCGCUGACCUGAACGCCACUCGUUUUCAUCUCUGGUUUGUCUCUAACCCUCACUUUCCCGUCUACCCCCAGCUGACCACUACCCGCAAGAUAUUAACAGCUGCUUGGUGUGCUUCUCUUCUAGACCUAUCUGUCGGCUCCAUUCCUGGCUAACCUUUGCUUUUUCAC